AUGUCCAACUCUCCCAACCACCAAGACAAUAGCGAUGCCGAGAUCUUUGAGCUCGUUGUGCCCGACAAUAAUGGGCAUCAUGCUUUCGAGGAACCACCUGUCAAUCAACAGGAGGACAAUCCACCCCUAGAUGCUGUCUCUGCCGAAGACGUGCCUCCGAACGGUGGCUAUGGCUGGGUAUGCACGGCCUGUGUCUUCCUGAUCAAUGCCCACACUUGGGGACUUAACAGCGCUUGGGGUAUUUUCCUCGCUCACUAUCUCAGUGAUCCUGCUUUUCAACACGCGUCACAUCUCGAGUACGCCUUGAUCGGCGGCCUCUCGAUCUCUCAGUCUCUGCUCAGUGCCCCCGUCGUGAAUAUCUCCGUGAGACACCUAGGCAUGAGGGCAACCCUUCUCGUCGGCACCGUCCUUGUCUUCGCUGCCCUCUUCGGCGCCUCAUAUGCGACCGAGAUAUGGCACCUCUUCAUGACCCAAGGGGUGUGUUUCGGCUGGGCGAUGGGCUUUCUCUAUAUCCCGGCGACUGCUGUUCUUCCCCAAUGGUUCUCCACCCGCCGGAGUCUGGCCAUGGGCAUUGCGUCGUCGGGGGCUGGCCUUGGAGGAUUGGCGUACAAUCUCGCGGCCAACGCCAUCGUUCAGCGCUUGGGAAUCAACUGGGCUUACCGCAUAUUGGCAUUCUGCGGACUCGCCGUCAACGGAGCGUGUUCGCUCUUGCUUAAAGACCGCAACAAGGCCGUUCAACCUUUGCAGAAUGCUUUCAACUACCGCGAAUACGGCCACAUUGAGGUAAUUCUGGUUGUUAUUUGGGGGGUGCUGACUGAACUGGGCUAUAUUGUGCUACUCUACUCCUUGCCCAACUAUGCGACAUCUAUUGGUCUCACCGCCUCACAAGGGUCCGUCGUUGGCGCUGUGCUCAACCUUGGCCUUGGAAUCGGCAGACCUGUUAUUGGAUACUACUCGGAUGCUUUUGGCCGUAUCAACAUGGCGACCAUCAUGACGGCGGUAUCCGGAGUUCUCUGCCUCGCCCUGUGGGUGCCGGCGAAAUCCUACGGCGUCCUCAUCGCCUUCGCUCUCAUGUCGGGAUGCGUCUGCGGCAUCUUCUGGAAUACAGUCACGCCUGUGACCGCCGAAGUGGUCGGGCUCAAACGGCUGCCUUCUUCCUUCGGCGUGAUCUGCCUGUCCUUGGUGGUGCCCACCACUUUCGCGGAGCCGAUUGCCCUGGAGAUGGUCAGUGCGUCGGGCUACCUCAGCUCGCAAAUCUUUGUGGGCUGCAUGUUCCUGCUCGCAGCGGCCAGCACGUGGGUGCUCCGCUCGUGGAAAAUCAACCAGGUCGAGUUGAAAGCCGCAAGAGAACAACGGAGCAGCGAGCCAAACGCUGUACCAACUUGGAGAGACCAUGGCCAUUGGCUGACACCGCAAAAGCUGCUCUGGUUAGGCCGGGUAUGA